AACCGCUACAGCUUGUUUCCGGCGAACACUGAGCCAUACCACAGAACGAUUGAGUCUGCGCCCGCAAAAACGGUACUACAAUAGUUCCACCGACGCUCUCACACAGGCACACGCUUUGCUAGCCAUAUUCUCCCUAAACGGCCAUCCCAUUUCUGCACUUAUUCUAAUAUAAUUACACACAAUGGACGCUUGUUACGGGAGGAAUGUUUGCGGCUACAGCUGGGCCGACGACGACGAUGACGAGUUCGACAUGGAGCACUUCAAGGCCACCGCCGCGAACUUCGAGUACUACAGCAACUCUGCCUCCGGCUCGGACGAGGCAGCUUCAGCCGGCGACAAGGGGGAUGGAGACGACAGCAGCCCUGCCACUCAUGCUAAAACCAGCGACGGUGAGGACUGCGACUACAGCGAUUGUGAUAUCCCGCCGCGCCCAUCCACCCCUGAGCCUUCCUUCCGCGGCGACGACGACGACGAUCCCGGACUACCCGCACACCCCCUCGACUGGAGCAUGGCGCCCGGCGACGACGUCGCUACCACCGAGGCUCGAGCUGAAGCUCACGCUUGUCCUUACAAGAAGCUUCCUGCUCCCCCUGAAUUCUACCUGCAGGUUCCAUUCGAGUACGACCGUCCUCCGGGCUUGCCUCCCAACACACUUCACGACCUGGAGUACAGCGCGCCGUGGAAGCCAGCCUACGAAGCGCUGAUGUUUGAAGACGCACACUCGUACGCUGGCGCAUACCGCAACAACAAGGUGCAGCGUGGGGUUGAUUGUCGCAAGAUGAUGCUGCUUCGCGGGUCGCCCUUGCGACAGGAGGUCAAGUAUGAAGAAGAGACUGACGAUGCCUGGCGCCAGGAGCUUGAGCUUGAAGGGACCUUCCAGGAGGAAAUUCAGCUUGAAGAGGCCUACCAAGAGGACUUUGACCUUGAGGAGGAUAUCUCGCUGUAUGAAGCUGCAACUUUUGAGAGGUGGGAGAUGGAGCAGGCCGAGGAGAAGAAGGCCAAGACAUUUGAGGUUUACAAAGACGAAAUUGAGGCAAAGAUGGGUGUUCAAGGGGAUAUUGUAGGUGGUGCUCGAGACGAGAGCAACGUAGCUAUCGCCGUUGCGACUUCUUGUCCCAUCAUCUUCACCAUGGCAGACGAGUUGGCGCACGAGGCGCAGAAGGCAGGAGACCUGGGUUCGGCUUCCGCCAACGACAGCCGCGAAUCUAAGAAGCACGACUCGGUCCACGAAGAGCACGACACGAGUUUGUUUCUGAACAACGAAAACCCCUCGCGUUCCACGACACCAGAGUCUUUGGCAAUAGCAUCGACCGACGAAGAAAUCGACGUGGUCAAAGAUUCGCCAUUUUUCCUGCCCCUUGACAAAGAACCCUGCCCGGAAAAUGGCGAUGAAGACAAUAUGCGAGAUGCGCUUUCGAGAACUGCCAUGGAAGAGGAGCAGAAGGACGAGAUCGAUGCCUUCUUCACUUCCGCGGUGCGUUCGGCCUGGUCCCUGUCCACAGCUAAUGACACCGCACACGAGAGUUCGUCUCCACACAAAUUAGUUGUGGUCUUGCCCAUCGCACACGUCAAAGGGCUCCGGGGUCCUGUUGUGGAGGAAUCUGCCAUUACCAAGAUCAUUCGAAAGACGAAGACAUCUCCCGCCGCCUGA